AUGUCAUCAUUGAAAUGCCAAAGAUUAAAAAGUUCUUUGGAGUUUCAAGACACAAAUAAUAUUGACUUUGAAAAUUCAUUUUAUUCAAGCCUAUAUAUUUGUUUAUUUUUUGAUAAAGAAUUAUGUGAUGCUAUUGAUAUUUUUGAUAAAGAUGAUUUUGAAAAUUUCCUUAAUAAUUUAGAAGCUGGUAUUGAUAUGGCUAUAAAUUCUUUGGAUAAGUAG